CUCCCUCUCUGUCAUUCUCUCCGCCUCUCUGCCUCUCUCUACCCUGCUUCUGUUAUUUAUUUUUUUCCUCCUCCAGUUAGAUUCUCCCCCCUCCUCUCAGCAUCCUCGGCUGUAGGUUAGAGCCGCAGUAGCAGCAGCAGCAGCAUCCAUGGCUUAAGCCCUAGCUCUGAUCGGCAGCUAGCCCGGCCAGGCCCCUACCCCUCCUCUCUCCUCUUUUCUGUCUCUCUAUCUCUCUGUCUCUGUUUUUCUUCUCCCUUCUGGGAUAGUUGACAAGCAUCGUCUGGGAUCGUUUGAGGCUCUCACAGUUAGCCAGGGCGUUAGCCACAUGCACACGGCUGCUCUGCUGCCCAUCAAUUCUACUGUAUCUCUCUGGUAACCAGGGGCUUCUUUUCCUCUCCCCCUCCCACCACCUCCUGCUUUCAUUUCAGGCUCCUUGGAGAUAGAGGAAUGCAAAUCUGCAACCAUGAUGGAAGGAUUGAAAAAACGUACCAGGAAGGCCUUUGGGAUACGGAAGAAAGAGAAGGACAAUGACUCCACGGGGUCCCCAGACAGAGACGGGGGUGAACCCCAAGAGGUUGAAUCGGCUCAGAAGAAGACCAACGGGGCCCCUAAUGGCUUCUAUGAAGACAUCGACUGGGAGAGAUAUAAUUCCCCUGAGGUGGAUGAUGAGGGCUACAGCAUCCGACCAGAGGAGGAGUCAGAAGAGGGAGUGCCCAUCACCAAAAAGGCCCACUUCUUUUCCUCCGACGAGUCGGAAGGAGAGGAGGACCACAGGAAAAAAUUCAAAAUCAAGAUCAAGCCGCUGCCGGCCGAUCAAGUCGUGUCGGUGCCCUCGGUUGACGAACUCAAAGCCUCGAUAGGCAACAUAGCCCUUUCCCCGUCUCCUCUGAGACGUAGCCCGGGUUUAAAAAGGAACACAUCCAGUGAGGAAAUCGCCAGACCGAGGCGUCUCGUUCCAACUUUACCCACUGUGGCCCCGUCCCCAGCACCAGCUCCAGCACCACAACCCCCCAGAAGUCAACCAACACCCCCGGUCUCUGAAGACACCACAGCCUUAUUUGGGCCUCCUCUGGACACAUCCUUUGGAGAACCAAAAACUGAAGUGGUUGUGUCUGAGUCCGAUGCGUGGGGGGCUUCUCUGUCAGAGCCAGAAUCCUCUUUGUCAAGAUCCUUCCCCACAGGAACUCCUCCUCCUCUUCCACCUAAGAAUGUCCCAACAUCCCCACCGUCCACCAGCCCAACCUCUCCAGAUGAUGCUGAAGUGUCAACAGAAGCAGAGAGUUCUGCCAGGAAGCCUUCGAUAGCUGACCUAGACAACAUCUUUGGGCCUGAGCAGGCGCCCUCUGCUGGUGAAGACACGGCCGAGUCAUGGGUCUGCUUCAGUGAAGAAUCUGCCGCUCAGCCACCUCUACCAGAGGAACCAGCGCCGCCGCUGCCAGCCUCCCCGCCUCCACCUGAAUCUCCUGCCCCGCCUUUACCUGCGUCAUCAACUCCUCCAGAUGACCCCGCACCGCCUCUUCCUACCUCCCCUCCUCCAAAAGAAGAACCACUUCCCCCGCUACCAAUCUCCCCACCUCCAAGAGAGGAGCCUGUUGCACCUCCCAUCCGCUCAGGUCCUCCCACACCUGAGGACAAAAAUCCACCCAUAUUUGCCACUUCUCCACCCCCUGCACCACCAAAGGAUCUCGCCUCACCUCCGGCCUCCUCUCCCCCUUCUCUUGAGUCCCCUUCCAGCGUCCCACCAGCCCCAGCUCCCAAAGCAAGAACGCCUCCAGCAGUGACGCCUCCAGCAGUGACGCCUCCAGCAGUGACGCCUCCCGUCGAGGAACCUGCGACACGCCCCCUCCCGACACCGCUUGCCCAGCCUCAGGAGGAGCAGGCCAAGAACACAGACGCCACCAAAUCCAAAGAGGACGGAGGUGAAAGUCUCACCUCACCUGUCGAUGCUAACCAGGGUAGCCGGUGUACACCUCCACCACCUCCUCCCCCAACAUACCGGGCGGUGGUGUCGUCACCCGGUCCCACAGCUGGAGCUGGGGGCACAAAAAGUGGUUCAUCUUCUCCUAUCAGACCUUCCACUCCCUCUUCUGUAAACCAAACCCCACCACCUCCUCCACCUCGCCCACCUUCACGGCCCAAACUGCCUCCAGGGAAACCCACUGUAGGAGAUGCAAAUCGUCCAUUCAGUCCUCCAGUUCACUCUGCCAGCCCCCCUCCCAUCGCUCCGUUGGCGCGAGCCGAGAGCACCUCCUCCAUCUCCUCCACCAAUUCCAUGAGUGCCGCGACCACCCCGACCGUGGGCAAAGAGCUCUCCGUGUCCGUGUCAGAAGACGAUGCUUAUGUAGACAAACUGCCCACCUUUGGGAGACACUUUGAUUCAUUUGCAGAGAAUGACCAGCCAUCCCUUGUAUGGUUUGACAGAGGGAAGUUUUAUUUAACCUUUGAAGGCUGCUCCAGAGGGCCCAGUCCUCUCACCAUGGGGGCUCAGGACACUCUCCCCGUAGCCGCUGCGUUCACAGAGACGGUCAACGCCUUCUUUAAAGGAGCGGACCCCAGCAAGUGUGUUGUGAAGAUCAUAGGUGAGAUGGUUUUAUCGUUUCCGGCGGGAAUCACGCGGCACUUUGCCAAUAACCCGUCCCCUGCCACGCUAACCUUCAGCAUAACCAACUACAGCCGACUGGAGCAUGUGCUGCCUAACCCCCAGCUCCUCUGCUGCGACACCACCACGACAGCCAAGGCUGACUCUAAAGACUUCUGGGUGAACAUGCCAAACCUGAUAUCACAUCUAAAGAAGGUGGCAGAGCAGAAGCCACAGGCGACAUACUACAACGUGGACAUGCUCAAAUAUCAGGUUUCAGCGGAGGGGCUCCAGUCGAUUCCACUGAAUCUCGCCGUGAGCUGGAGAUGCGAGCCCACCAGCACCGACCUGAGGAUAGACUACAAAUACAACGGAGAGGCGAUGACGACACCGAUGGCGCUCAACAACGUCCAGUUCCUGGUCCCUGUCGAUGGAGGGGUUUCAAAGCUACAGGCAGUCUUACCUCCAGCUGCAUGGAAUGCAGAGCAUCAAAGAAUCCUCUGGAAGAUUCCAGAUAUCUCACAGAAGUCUGAAAAUGGAGGUGUGGGGUCGUUGUUAGCACGAUUCCAGCUAACAGAAGGCCCCAGUAAACCGGCUCCACUAGCCGUACAGUUCACCAGCGAGGGCAGCACGUUGUCAGGCUGUGACAUUGAACUGGCAGGACCAGGAUACCGCUUCUCCCUCGUCAAGAAGAGGUUUGCCGCAGGAAAAUACCUAGCAGACAAUUAACCGCUGCUGCUGAAAAGCUCACUGUUGAACAAAUCAAUGGCAGCGGACUGAGGAUGACCCCCGAGGACAGAGACACAAACCAACACCAGACAGACUUUCCAUUUGCCCCUCUCUGAACCCACACGGUCCACGACAGGAUCCCCAAGCCUACCCAGCAGUAUUGUAUAACUUGCAUAUAGCAUCGUGGAGCUGUCUUAGGUCACGUAAUUAUCGUAUUUGUAUUCAUUUCAUAACAUCCGUAUUGCUGCUGUCAGACACCUGGGUUCUUCCUCCCCUCUGAAGUCUGUGCCUCUGUCUCCAUCCUCCUUCUGGUCAAUGUGUGGUGGUGGUGUGUUUUAAAAAAAAAAAAGUUUCACUGCAGCUGCCUGACCAAAGACGUGGACUUAACGGUGUGUGGGACAGAUUUGAACUGUGGCUGUGACAAAAAACAAACAACAACCAUUGAAUAAGAUCUUAGUGGUCAGACACACAACCCAACGUGUCAUACAUCUAAAAGUUAGGCUAGUUAAAGGGCCGAGGACGAGACAUAGUACGUUUUCAACCUUCAUUAGCAGUUAAUACGGCUGUAUGAAUCAUCUUUCUGUCAGAGUCUGUCUCGCCCACGAGGCCGCCAGCGUGUGUACGCAGUAACUGAUGCAUUCUGACACAUUGUCACAAACAGCUAAAGUGAAAGAUGUUUUUAGUCUUUGCUCGUUAGCAAUCAGGAAAGAAGAACAGAAACUAAUAUCUACAUUACAGAACUAGAUUCUCAUGCAUCACCUACUGGUACUACAGGGUCACAUGACUUUGGAUCUCAUUGUUUUUUAAUAGAAAAUGCACUGAUCAGUCAAUCAAACUGUAAUCUUUUUUUGUUAUGUCAGGUUAUGCAGACGUGGGGGGGCAGGGCGGGGGGGGGGGGGGGGGGCGGGUUCUUAGCUAGUUAGGCAGCUGCAAUGAUCAAUCAAUGUACUGGUUGCAAAAGUAAGAAAAAAAAAGAGUUUUCCCGUCAGAACAAAAACAAAGUGUACAAAGUGUCAUUUAAAAUCAAUAAUAUAUAUCUUAAAGGGCGUUUGGUGUUUUUCCUCGUAUUGUCAGAUAGCCUUUCUGUUGUUCCCGGGACAGCAGCGAUAGCCUCCAGAGUACAUGACAGCAUUCUAUUUUUAUUUAUUGAUGAUGAUGAUUUGUUGUAUAAAAUAUGUGAUUCUGUAUACGAAUAGAAUUUGAAUGGUAUCACACGACUCAGAACCCUUAAAGGUAUAAAUAUUUGAAUUCUCUCUCUCUCUUUUUUGUUAUCUGUGUAGUUGGGUAACCUGUGUACAGUAUGAGGUAUAAUUUUUUGAAUUGAUUUCAGAUAUAAUUUUUUAACUCAAGUGCAACAGAUAAGAUUUGAGCUCUAUAUAUGGGUGGGGGAGGGGUCAUUUAAAGAAAAAGAUGAAUAUCUUCCUGGAUGCUGUGUUAUGCUUUGUGAAAGCAGUGUUAAUGUAGAGUUAGUUCAACCAUGGGCAAGGUUCCACUUCAAAGUGUUAGAUUGACAUUUGGGGGAAAUGGACUUUUUCUUCUUUCUUUGGAUUCACAGAUGAUCAAUGUCACUCUUAAAUCCGUCUGCUAGGCAUCAGGCUACAGUUAGCUUAGCAUCAAGACUUAAAACAGCUAGUGUGGCUCUGUGGAAAUGUAAAGAUAUAGUCAACAGAGGAUAAACAAACUUCAUAGUGAUCUUUAUCGAUGCUGGCAGUGUGGAUCGAUUCGUCCUACUCUGGUCCAAACUUAGAUUGACAUUCAAAUUGAUCCGCAUGUUUAUGGAUAUCUUAACAUUUAAUAUUGGGCCGCCGCCAGAGAAAGUUUGUGUCCAGUGUUUUGGCCAUGUACCAAAUAUCUGCCAAUCAAAUAUGAAAUAAUAUAAGCCUGUGUGAGCUUUGUUCAGAGAUGCUAGUUCACAAAUGUCAGCAUGCUAACAUGCUAAGAUGUUGAACAUAGUCAACGCUAUAGCUGCUGAACAUUAGCUUGUUAGCAUUGUCACAGUGCGAUGGUUAGCACUAAGCUGCGCCCGGGUUCAGCCUCAAAGAGUCAGUAUUGUUUACGUUGAACAGCGCCCCCCAGUGGUCAGUCUUUAUGCUAAGCUAACGGACAUGAAGGUGGCAUCAAUCUUCUGAUUCUUAGAGAGAAAAUGAGUCAGUCCAUUUUUCCUGAAUUGUUGAUCUUUUCUUUUAAUAAAGGUCAAAAACAAAGACGACGGGAGCAAACAGUUUUCUCUGAGCUUGGUACCACUGACUGCUGGAACCAGAUGUUUGGUGUAUUGUUUUUUUUUAUAUAUUCAAACUUCAUUGUGAUAAAAACAGGAAGAAAAGACAGUUGUAUUAAUCCAGCACUCUCAGUUCCCACAUCUACAUAUUAAGUCCUGACCUAUUUUCUUACCUGUUCUCCUUCCUCACCUCAGUGGUACCUAAACCCCCCUGACUAUAUCACGAUAACACCCCCCCCAAUCAUCCAACCAGUGCUUGAAUCCAUGGCUUUAUUUUGCAUAAUCGUAAUGGUCUCUGUGAGAUGACAUGAGUGUAAUGAGGUUGUGGAGCAAAGUUAAGUUGACCAAAAUGCUUCUUCUUCUUUUUGUAUUUUGUGUGUGUGUGUGUGUGUGAGUGUGUGAGUGUGUGUGUGUGUGUGUGUGUGUGUGUGUGUGUAUGUGUGUGUGUGUGUGUGUGUGUGUGUGUGUGUGUGUGUGUGUGUGUGUGUGUGUGUGUACCCCAGACAGUCAGUCCUCUGUUAAGGAGAAUAAGCUGAAUAUUUUUAAAACAGAUAAAAGUGAAAAAAUAUUAUAUUGUUUAAUGUGUAAAAACACUGUGCUGAUGAUGUUGAACUUCCUGAACGCUCUGACACUCAACAUGAAGAACAAGAAGUGUGUGUGUGUGAUCUCCGUACUGUACUGUAUGUCAAAUAUUCUGCUAAAUGCAACCAAUCAUGGUCCUCCACAAGUAGGAAAAGAAACCCUUAGGCUGAAUUUAGAACAACAUGACAAUACUUCUAUUUAAUGAUAAAGUACUCUUGAUCAGACUUAGUUUUAAACAUGUGGCUCUUUGGCCAAUCACAGAUCAGAUAGUGAUGAUGAUUGGUGCCGUUUAGCUCGCACAUUAGUUUGAUAAAAAAAAAAAAAAAGAUUCUCAGUCAUGUUCGUCCUUCAUUCUGUCGACCUGACGGAUCGACAUGUCUGAGAAGUAGCUGUUACCUUCCUCGUGAACCUUUGAGCUAUCAGUGCAACAGUCACUACAGCAUUAUCUGCAGAGGCCCAACAUUCCCAUCAUGCAUCUGUUUUUAAAUGACCACUACAUCACGGAUAACGUGUCUCUCUAUUUGAAAGUCGUGUUAUAGUUCAGAACUCACUCUCAGUUCAUCAGUUCUCUGGUGAUUCUUUGCAGCUAAUCUAAAAACUGAUCAAAACUUGUACUUUCCAGAUCUUCAUCUCUGUAGUGAACUGGUCCUGCAGUAAUUCAUUAUUGCAUGCAGAGCAUGCAGUAAACAGUGGGGCAUCUGAUGAUGAUAGAUAGUACUGAAAUGACGUGUUGUGCUGAAUGUCAGUUACCUGUAUCGUUGUGGAGAAGAGAGCGGGGAGUGUGUCUAUGUGUGCUAUAAGCCAGAAUGCUUUUUGGUUCUGUACCGUUAACCUCAAACACAUGUGCAAGCAGUUUGUACAGAACAUAACAAAGCUAAGAUGAACUGAGAAACCUAGUUUGCUUCUUUCGAAAACCAAUAAAAGUUAUAACUGGAA